GGUUGAGGUUAGUCAAAAGGAAACCUUCCCCAUCGGAAAGUCGCACUUUUCGCAGUUUCUAAAAAACUAGUGAUUAUCUGAUCGGAGGAAACCUCGCAGGCAGCACCGACACACAGUCAUCGAGAGCGCUAGCGUAUUGUUCCACGGGACAAAAGAAUGGUAUUUUACUUCACAAGCAAUGUCGUCCAACCGCCGGUGACCCUCUUCAUGGGGAUUGAUAAGUAUGAAAAUGAAGAGCUGAUCAAAUGGGGCUGGCCGGAAGAUGUUUGGUUUCAUGUGGAUAAGGUGUCCUCAGCGCACGUAUAUCUGCGACUGGCACCGGGACAAUCACUGGACGACGUUCCGGCGACCGUGCUGGAAGAUGCCUGCCAGCUGGUCAAAGCUAACAGUAUUAAUGGCAACAAGAUGAACAACAUCGAUAUCGUCUACACAAUGUGGGAAAACCUCAAGAAGACUCCGGCCAUGGAGGUGGGUCAGGUGGCGUUCCACAAGGACAAAGAGGUCCGCAAGAUGCGCGUCGAGAAGCGUGUCAACGAGAUCGUGAACCGGCUGAAUAAAACCAAACGCGAAGAGCAUCCGGACUUCCGGGCGGAACGUGAGAAGCGCGAUGCCGACGAACGGGCGGACAAGAAGCGCGCGGCUCGGGAUGUCCGCGAGAAGGAGAAGGAGGAGGAAAAGCGACGGAAGGAGGAAGCGGAAAUGAGAAGCUACAACUCGCUGAUGAAGUCGGAGAACAUGACUAGCAACUACGACGCUGGGAACGAUUCGGAUGAGUUCAUGUAAGAAAAUUGGGCUGAAUUUCGAUGAAAAACAAUAUAAAUUAUAAAAAUGUGAUUACAUUUUUUCUUUGCAUUUCGUGA